AUGAAUUUGGUGCCCAAGAAAAACAGUGACUUCAGUACAACAGAGUAUUGGGACUCUUUUUUUACAAAACGUAAAGCUACUUUCGAAUGGUAUGGUAAUUAUGAAAAUUUAAAACGUUUACUCACCAAAUACAUUAGUGUUAAAGAUGUUAUAUUAAUUUCGGGAUGUGGAAAUUCUGAUCUUAGUUUAAACUUGUACUGUGAUGGAUUCAUCAACUUGACUAGUGUGGAUAACAGUAAAGUUGUAAUCGCCAAUAUGAAUAAUAAACAUAAAAAUAAAUACCCAGGUCUAGUUUAUGAAAUUGAGGAUAUAUUGAAUACCAAAUAUGCUGAUGAAAAGUUUAGUGCCAUUAUUGACAAAGGAACACUGGAUGCUUUGAUUGCGGAUGGUGAAGUGGAGUGUCUUACACGUGCAAUGAAAAUGUUUGACGAGAUCAAAAGAAUAUUGAAAUUUGGAGGGCGAUAUAUUUGUGUGUCCCUUCUUCAGUAUCAUAUUGCAAAGUUUAUAUUUUCCUAUUUCAGUGAAAAUGGUUGGAUAAUUCGUGUUUGUCAAUGUACAGAAGUUGAAGACUCACCAGAUUUCAAUGGCCAACCUGUAUUUAUGGUUGUUUGUACUAAACUAAAUAAAAUACCCGGAGCUAAUCCAGUUCUUGAGUGGAAUCCAGAUGGACUUACAAAUGAAAGAUUAGAUUCCAUAAAUUAUCUAUUAGAAAUAGUUAUUGAUACUCAGAAAUCUGUUUCAAUGUGUUUUGAUCUCACUAAAUGUCAAAUGGAAGACAUUUCAAAUAAUUAUCGAUUUGAAAUUAAUUGUUCCCAAACAAAAAAACCUCGAUACACAAUUAUAAUUGUUGAAUCUCCUACUCAAAAGAAUCCAAAUAAAAUGACUUUUGCUGCAUUUGUUGUUCCUCAAGGUCGAGAACAUGAGUGGUUAUUUAGCAGUGAAGAAGGGCAAGAUACACUGCGACGGAAUUGUAAUGUAGAUCGUUUAGCUAUCAUUAGUAUGCAUCGAGGACAGAUCUAUAAGAAUUUAAAACAAGUACAGGGAGAACUAUCAAGACUUAUGUUAAAAAUAGCACCACAAGGUGUCAAAAGACGUGGUGAAACCAUAUUAUUUUUAUCAUUAGGAGAACUUAAAGAUAGAAAAAUCAUUAUGGAAAGCAAAAGUGAAUACUCUGGAAAUUUUGUAGUAGAAGAAGAAAUUGGGGAAAAAGAUGAAACUUAUAGACGUUUAGUAUUCCUUAACAUGCCUCAUAUCACUCAAUCCGAAGCAAAAUUACUGACUGAAAAUGGAGAGAUCAAAAUCGAUUAUUCCCAUUUCCAAAGUGAUUACAUACCAUAUUUGGGCCUCGGUGUGGGCAUUUUAGCAAAUCGAUUAAAUAGAGAAUCUAAAAUCCUUUUAAUUGGUCUGGGUGGAGGUGUACUUACUAAUUUAUUGUUAAAUGCUUAUAAAAAUGUAAAUAUUGUAGCUUUAGAAAUAGAUAAAGUCGUAUACAAAAUAGCCAAAGAAGCUUUUGGACUGUUAGAGGACAGCAGAUUAGAAGUAAAUAUUGGUGACGGUCUCGAGUAUAUAUGCAAUGCUGUCAAAAAUAAUGAUAAAUAUGAUGCAGUAGUAUACGAUGUUGAUGCUAAAGAUCCUACAUUGGGUUUAAGUGGACCACCAAAAGCUUUUUUGAGACAAGAUAUACUGAAUAACAUAAAAAGUUUAAUUGGAAAAGACGGUUUAUUUUUAUUGAACUUUAUCUGUCGUGCAUCUGAUGUUAAAGCUGAAAUUUUAAAUGUUUUGAAGACUAAUUUCAAACAACUAACAUCAUUAAAAAUUCCUGAUGAUAUAUGUAAAGUGCUGUUAGCAGGAAAUAGUGAUAAAGCAUUUGAUGCACACCUUUUGGAACAAACUGCUGCAUACAUGAACCAAUGCACCAAAAGUAACCCACUCAUUGCUUGUGAUGUCAUUGAUAUUUCUGCUUUGAAGGAAAAUAUUGAAGAUAUUCAAUUCUGA